CCGAAGCGACAGCGCGUCGGCGCGCUCGCCGUGAAGGUGGGCAUGACGCAGGAGUGGAACGAGCACGGCGCGCGCGUGCCGCUGACCGUGCUGUGGAUCGACGAGUGCGAGGUCGUCCAAGCGAAGACCCCGGAGAAGGAGGGCUACGCCGCGCUGCAGAUGGGCGCCGGGAGCAAGAAGCGGAAGCAGAUCACGGGCGCCGAGUACGGCCACUUCGCGGCUCGAGGCGUGCAGAUCAAACGCGAGCUCUCCGAGUUCAGGGUCACCCCCGACGCGAUCCUGCCCGUGGGGACGGUCGUCGACGCGUCGCACUUCCUCGCCGGUCAGUACGUCGAUAUCCAGGGCAAGACGAUCGGGAAGGGGUUCCAAGGUCCGAUGAAGCGGUGGGGCUUCGCGGGGUUACCCGCGUCGCACGGCACGACGAAGAAACACCGCGCGCACGGCUCCAUCGGCAACUCGCAAGACCCCGGCCGCGUGUGGAAGGGGAAGAAGAUGGCCGGGCAGAUGGGGAACCGCACGCGGACGGUGCAGAACUGUUUCGUGUACAGGGUGGACCCGGAGCGGAACCUCAUCUACGUCGUCGGGCAGGUGCCGGGAAAGCGGGGGAACUUUGUGCGCGUGAAGGACGCGCUACGAAAAGGGGACCCGACGGGGUGCGUCCCC